AUAAUAAUUAACAUUUCUUUUUAAAGAUAAAAAAUAAAAAAUGAUGGACUUGGAUAUUGCAAGUUGGUUUGAUGAAGUGCGAAGAAUGAAUAAACGUCAGUUGUUCUAUCAAGUGCUAAACUUUGGAAUGAUUGUAUCAUCUGCCCUAAUGAUAUGGAAAGGUUUAAUGGUUGUUACAGGAAGUGAAAGUCCAAUAGUUGUAGUUCUUAGUGGAAGUAUGGAACCAGCUUUUUAUAGAGGUGAUCUGCUUUUUCUGACGCAUGACCAAUCUAAGCCUGUAAGAGCUGGGGAAAUUGUCGUUUUUAAAAUAGAAGGUCGAGAAAUCCCUAUAGUUCAUCGUGUCAUAAAAGUACACGAGAGAGAAGAUGGUUAUGUGAAAUUUUUAACAAAAGGGGAUAAUAAUAAUGUAGAUGAUCGUGGUUUGUAUGCACCUGGACAAAUGUGGUUAGAGAAAAAAGACAUGGUUGGACGAGCUAAUGGUUUCCUACCUUAUAUUGGCAUAGUAACAAUACUUAUGAAUGACUAUCCAAAAAUAAAAUACCUUAUUUUGGCUGGCUUAGGGUUCUUUGUACUGAUUCAUCGAGAAUAAAAAAAAUUUUAUUCAAA